AUGUCGUGCCCUGAGAAGUGCCAGCAGUGCCAGCCCUGCAACCCUUGCUGCCAGCCCUGCGGGCCCACUCCGCUGGCCAACAGCUGCAAUGAGUGCUGUGUCAGGCAGUGCCAGAGCUCCACCGUCGUCAUUGAACCUCCUGCUGUGCUGGUGACCCUGCCCGGGCCCAUCCUCAGCUCCUUCCCACAGAACACCGUGGUGGGAUCCUCCACCUCCGCUGCCAUUGGCAGCAUCCUCAGCUGUGACGGAGUGCCCAUCAACUCCGGGGGCUUUGACCUCUCCUGCAUCACCAGCUCCUGUUGUGGCAGCAGAAGGUGCCUCCCUUGCUAA